AUGCUCCUGCCAUGUACUAUGAUGCCCUGGGAGUUCCGAGAGGCUCUUGCAAAGUCGCUUCUUGUGGGAGCUACAAGCCGGCGGCCUCGGCAGCCAGGCUUGUCCAGCUUGGGCAGGACCACCAGCCACACACCGUGCCUGGCUCGGCCGAGGAGGCACGAGGACGCCGUGACCUGGCUACGGCGCUUGAGGGCAGGAAGGGGCAGCCGCGGACCCGCAGGACUCCGCUCUUUGCCAACCCGUGUGCAGCACUGGGAGCCGGCCGCUGCGGCUUUGUGGGUUGCAUCCGGAGGGACAUUCGACCUUGGCGAUCAUCCAGAACUGGCGGAACAUGAGCCCCCUGGCCAUCUCGUGACCAACGAGCUGAUAUCUGUGAUCUCUGUAACGACCCAGGGCAGGCAUGCAUUCCAUCCACUUCUCUACGAGAACUUCCGCCGACAAAGCUAUGAGCCACGAGAGCUUAUCGUUGUCGACACAGGAUCGGAGCCUUCUCUGUUCAUGUUAGAGCGGAAAGCGGAUGAUCCCAGGGUGCUCUACUACUUCUUCCAGGACGAAAAGUGUGCCCGACCAGGCUCUCCUCGACUGCAGGAGGAAGCUGGAGCCGAUGUCAUGGCGGCAGUUCUGUGUUCUGACGAUCCGAGAGAACUGACGGAGUGGGGACGUGGGCGACCUCAUCGCACCGAGGUGCGGCGAGAGGGUUGGACCAAAGGCUUCAAGAGGAACAUCGCUUGCAUGAUGUCGCGUGGCUUUGCUCUCGCCGUCUUUGAAGAUGGAUGCUUGUACACUGAAGAUUAUUUGGAAGUCAUGCACCGAGAACUCCUCUUGGCUUGUGCAGCAGAUGGAACUGGUGCAGCCGCCCUGCAAACUUGGCACACCGUAUCUCUGAUGAAUCAGACCUUCCGCUGGGUUGAUCUUACUUCGCGAGAUCCCGAACUGGAUGCCAAGCCGAAGGGAGAAGAUCUGGAGUUUGGCUUCAGCCAUGUCUUCAGCAGCGUGGCCUGGCUGCGCCAGCCGGUCCCUGACACCGAGGGCCCGCAUGAUGUCCAGUUCAUGGAGGGCUUGGAAAAACUUGGUGUGCCAAUCCGUCUCGUAGCUCACGGGAGCAGGCUUCAUGGCAUCUCUGCCAUUGGCUGGUUUCGCAGCAGUGCUAUCGGCGCCAAGGAUGCCCCGACCAACAUCAACAAGUAUUCUGAGCUUGUGAUCCUGGCGUGCCGUGGUCAUAAUGUACCGGAGCCACCAGCAGCGUUUGUUCCAUUGUUGCCGGCAGUGGAGGCUGCAUGCAAGGCCUUUGUGAUGAAGCGUGAGCUUCGCCUGAAGAAGAUGCUGGAGUCGGAAGGCACUAUGCACAUGUGCUUUCGCCCGCACAGAGGCAGCAUGAAGCAGCCAAUUGACUUUGUGGGCCAGUGGGUGUUGAGCAUGUUCCAUUGUACGCUGUGGUGUUGCGACUUUGCCGUGGCCCUGCAGAAGCACUGCAAGGACAGCGGGGUGAACUACAGGUACGCGCUGACCUUCGCAACGCGAGGUUCCCCAUCCGAGUACUUGCUCGUUUGGUUCGUCAAUUGCAUCUGCGAGAGCACCGUGCGCCUGGCGAGGGGCGCACUGGCCAUAGUCCCGCGCUGCGUUGCCCACAGGAUCAUCCUUUGCGGCGGUAUGCGACACCACACCAGCAUUACGUUUGUGAUGCGUGCGGUGCGGGCCGGCGAACAUCUUUGGGGUUGUGGGGCCUGCGAUUUCGACCUCUGCGAAGGCUGCCGCGCGAAGGCGGAAGACACCGGCGGAGGUGUGAAGGCGGGACGGAUGCUCCGUGCCAUCAUCCUCGGGUUGGCCUUACCGGCACUAAGCGGGUCCACGCAGUGCCCAGAGAGAUGUUUGGCCAAUGACGGGACAGAGUGGCCAUGCAGAUUCUAUAACGGUGGGGCAUGCAUGAUACCAGUAAUCGGCAAUGCCAGCCGGAAUGCUUCCGUCGAUGUGAAUGUCGUUGCCAUCGGCCCGUACAGCGGGACAAUCGGAAACAUGAUGACCAUGGCUGAGCCAUUCCUGUUGGCAGCUGCACAGGAAAUUGAGGACAGUGACUUUCUGCCCGGCUACCGGCUCAAUAUUUACCUGUCAGAUUCCAAAUGCACAGAGCAAGAUGGGACGAGAGCAACGAUUGAAGCCUUGAUAACUGCGCCACAGAAGCAUGCCAUCUUGGGCGACUCGUGCAGCCAGUCAUGCAAUGCCGUAAACGAUGCUGCUCGCCUCUUCAACGUGCUUACUGUAUCACCAGGUUGCGACUCACCAGGCCUCAGCGACCGCGUGCGCUACCCCUACUUCACUCGAAUGUCCCCGUCUGAUCGCUUCAAGGUCACGGCAAUCUAUGAAGUUAUGCAGUUGUUGGGCUUUCAGCGGGUCGGCGUCAUUGAUGGACCCGUAUACACCGCAGGGGCAAAGGACUUUUUCCUUGAGCUCUUGCAGCGAGAUUGGAACGCAGGCACGUACCCCUGGUCACUUCUCCUCUCGAGGAAUGUCCAGUCAGUACCUGAUGCAGUCAGCACAGCGGACGAAAUCCUAGUGCGUGAUUCGCGAGUGAACUUGAUCGUCUUGCCAGAGCACUACGGCAUGUGGCUUCUUUGUCAGUUCUCUCUGCGUUUCAUGCUCUCUCCGGAUUAUGUGUGGUUUGUUGCGGCAUUUGGGAACUGGGUCAAUGAUGUCACUGCAGUGUUUGCAGGCACGCCUGAGUGUCCAUGCACGGCGGAGGAGCUCUCCCGGGUUGCAUAUGGACUUAUAAUAAGUGGCCGCUCUCCGAUCCAAUCCUCACCUUUGCCCCAUGGAUUGUCUGGACGGCGGCUUCGUGACAUCUCUGAGGACUAUUUGGUGCAGUGUGCACAGUUCGGCAAUGGGCGAGGUGCAUGUGACACCGUUUGGACUGGCUACUUCUACGAUGGGCUCUGGCACCUCGCUGCCAUUUUGCAUGAGUACCUCGCCGUGGAGAACCAUUCUGUAGCAGACCUUGCAACUGAGUCAUCUCGACAAGCCUUGUACGACUUGUCCCUUCGGCAAGACUACAUGGGUGUCACAGGUCGAGUACGUCAGUUCAACGAAGUGGACCCAGUGACUGAUCCACCGUCUUACGGAGACCGGGACGGGGUCAACCUGUUGCGUCAAAUCACCGGAAGUACAGGCAAUGAGUUCUCAGAUUUGGCUUACCGCGCCAGCGAUGGGAUCCAAUGGCUCGCAGAUAUCCGCUGGAGCCCAACGGACGGCACCAAAAUCGUUCCUUGCAGGACUGGGUCUUGCGACAUGAGCGUUGCUUUCGUGCCGUCAGACCGGAUUAGUCAAUGCCAGGCAGGCUCAGUGUUCUCGGUACAGCUAGGAUGCAUCGAAUGCGAGUCCGGCAAGUAUGCCUAUGCGGGUGCAGAAGCCUGUGCUCCGUGUGGAGUCGGUACUUCUGCAAACGAGAGUGGUAUGGCAAGUUGCCAUGCUUGCGACAAGGGCAGUUUCAGCAAUGUUCUGGGAGCGGAUGCAUGUGAGCUGUGCGGUCGAGGGUUUUAUGCAGACAACACCUCCUCCACAUCUUGCACCCGAUGCCCUUUGAGCACGUAUGGCCCGGAGAAAGGGCUGGAGGUGUGCUCUGCCUGUCCUGCCGGGCGAAGCACCGCUUUCGCUGGUGCUAUUGACGUGGAGGCAUGUCAGUGUGCGGGUGAACUGUGGGAGGGUCGGUGUAUCCAGUGCCAAGGCAACACUCGCUAUGAGGCUGGUCAGUGCCUUGAUUGUCAGGAGGGUUUGGAGUGUGAUGGCAAGCAAAGUGCACAGCUUCUGCCUGGCUACUACUCUGAUCCUUCUUUGCCCUUCGAUGUCUACAAGUGCCUGCCUCCGGAUUUCUGUCCUGGCGGUGAUCCUGGAGAGUGCAGAGGCGGUUUGAUUGGCGUGCCUUGCACGCACUGUCCCACCGGGCAAGCCUGGGGGGCGGACGAAUGCAGGGACUGCACGUCUCUCAGCAUUGCUGGAUGGUUUGUGGCAGCCGUGUUGGCUAUGAUUGGCAUACCGGCAUGCUACUACUUCCUCAACACAAAGCAGACUGCCAAGGCAACGACCCUCCUUGCAACGUCUUGCGUGCUUGCCAUGACCAUAAGCAUGUUGCAAAAUGUGGGCAUCAUUGGCUACAUCUCGUUCUCGUGGCCACGUCAAUUGCAAUGGCUUUUCGACUUGCUCAGCAUUUUCACUCUCGACUUGCAGGCUGUGGGCUUUGACUGUGUGUCACAUUCCCCCGUAACUGGCUAUGUGCUGAUCGCAGCGGCUCUGCCGUCUGCAAUUAUCUGGCUUGUCCUGAGCAGCUUACUCAGCAGAGCCCUCCCGAGCAAGUUUGCUUUCGAAAGCGCAAAGCUGAUCAGCACCAUGGGCCAGUUCAUGCAGGUCAGCUUCACAAUCUACAGCAAAGUCGCUCUUUCACCCAUGAUGUGCUACUCGCACCCAAACGGCAAACUUGGCAUGCUCGAGCACAAUGGAAUCUUUUGCUUCUCGAGCACCGAGCACACGCCCAUGUUUGUGACAGGGCUGCUGGUGCUUGCAAUGAUGACGUCGUUCUACGCCAUGACCAUUUGGGCAACCAUCAAAGCACCCUCGAAAGCCGCUGGCGGCAAUGGCUGGUUCCUUUCAGCAACCCGAUUUUUGCUGUUCCGCUUCCGUGCUGACUGCUGGUGGUUUGGCACUUUCAUGUUGCCCCGUGGCUUGCUUUUGUCUCUAGCUAUCGUCCUGGCCGGGGACAGUCCAUACAUCCAGAUGCUGUUGAUUGUGUCCACAAUGCUCCUGUACAUGAUUGUGCAGCUCAUCUCUUGGCCCUGGAAACUUCCAGCGCUGAAUGCCUUUGAUGCGAUCAUCAGUGCAUCUCUUAUCCUCAUGAUGGCAAUUCUGGGAGCAUUUGCCCCGGCGAUUGCCGAGCACACGUUGGAGCAGUUAACCAGCGCGGUCAUAGGCAUAGUGGUCAUGCUCAACGGAAUCGUCCUGGUCAUGUUGGGGAUAUCAGCUUCUGCUUUGAUUCGUCUGAAUGCUAUGGGUGGCUCUCAAGAGUCCUGCCUUUUGGCCUUGGGACGCGUACCGGAUCCGACGGAGCUGACGGAGAAAUUGUUUGUCCUUUGCAACAAGAUUGAGGAGCUUGGAACGGCAGGUCUCUCUCAUGUCCUUGCGAAUCUGUCGGUCUAUGACUUGCGGAUGACACAGCAAAUUGUCACUGCAGUCGGAUCGGAGAUUGGUGAGCAAAGCCUGGUGCUAACAGCUCGCUCGCAAUUGAUGUCGACCGUUUCGGUGCCAUCGACCAAGGAGCCGACGCCACCGAAGCAGACGACUCGUGGUACUAUCAAAUCGUUGUCUGACGAGGUACUACCGGUGCCAAAACCGCGAAGCAGCAGGGGAAGAUCGUUGUCAGAGGAGGCCCCGGCUUCGCCAAAGCGGGUGGCGGGACCUCGGCCCAGCAACGAGAGUAUCAAGUGGAAGCCACAAAGACUUCCUGCUUUGCUGCUCUUGGCCCUGAAAGCCAUCGCUUUGCAGCUUCUAGGUGCGCAGGGCACGCUUCAGCUAUGCUGGGAGCUACUGGCCGUAGAGCCUCGCACAGACAAGCUGGCCUGUCUGCCAGAAAAUCGGAAGUUGCAUGGCUGUAGCAAUCUUGUACAGGCAACGAUGGCCUAUGCAUCAAGAAGCACGAAGAAAAAGUCAUCCGGUUUCCUUUGCGCCUUUCGCCUUCGCAAGUGGGGCGGCCUGGUCAUAAUGACUUCUUUGCCCAGCUAUUCUCCGAAGCUGACGCUGCCAAGCGCAGGGCGCCAGACGCCAGCUCUGGCCGCCCUUGGUGGAGAAGGCUGCUAUGGUGCACUGAAAGGCGGCACCUUCGCAGAGGCUUUGGCGCUUUUCACGGGGUAUCCAACGCAGCGUCUUCGCCUUCACGUUCCUUCGGCGGUGCGGCGUGAGAAGGAGGAGAAGCGCCAGGCCAGGCAGGAACAGCGCACGCGCCUCUUGCUGGGUGGGGCAGAUGUGGGAGACCAAAGCGAUGACACUGACGAUGACGAGGAUGAUGACCUCAUCUGGUCAAAACUGCUUUCUUGCCAGGAAGCUGGCUACUUGCUGGGCGCCGGCUGCUCCGAAGAAGGCUGUGAGAAGUCGAGGACUCACAUCGUUGAGGAGAUGGGGCUCCAGGCGCCGCAUGCGUACGGAAUCUUGGACUUCGCAGAGGUCACCAUUAAUGGCGAGACUGCCCGAUUGGUCAAGAUCAGGAACCCAUGGGGACAAAACGCGCCCCGCACCUGGAAAGGGAAGUGGGGCAAGGACUGGAGUGGAUGGACUCCCGAGCUCCAGAAGCAGCUAGGUGUCAUCAACAGCUCAGGCGUCCUCAUGGAUGAUCCGAUGUCCAUCUUCUGGAUGGCUUUCGAGGAUGUCAAGGAAUACUUCGGGCAGGUGGAGAUAUGCCGAGUUCAUCACGAUUGGUACGAGGUCCGACAGCAGGCGUGGCUUCCGUCUGGAGUCGGAGCCGGCCAGGCCUUCGACAUCAUGGUUGACGAACGCAGCAAUGUCGACAUCGCAUUUUGGCAGGAGAGGCAUCUUGUUCGAGAGGGUGCGUUAGGUGCCCACUGCACCAAUCUGGAUGUGGGUCUUGCUGUGUUGCGACUUCAAGGUAGUGAUGGCUGCGAUGGAUUCGAACUUGUGGAUGCGGCUCCACGUUCCUUCGAUGACUGCGUCAGUUUGGAAGUGAUCCUGGAGGCAGGCUUCCAAUACCGGAUUGUCCCGAUCUCCUUGGCGAAGCUCCAGGACGUCGCUCCUCGGAAGGGAGUCUUGGCAGUUCACUCCGUGAAGCGGGCUCGGCUCACACGCAUCGAGUCUUCUUGGAAACAGGUCGCUGCAGGCUUGUGCCAUGCAAUCAAGAAGAGUGGUCGCAGCUGGUCGCAUCCCCACUGCGCUGGAGUCAAGUACAGGCACCAGUUCGAGCCUGGCGGCUGCAACUUCGUUGUUGAGAACUCAUCGCCGAACCCAAUUGCUGUGCAGGCCGAUGCGGCCGAGUCAAUGGGAUGCAGCUUCUCCCGUGGAGAGAAGGGCAUCGUUGUUCGCAUUCCACCGUACAGCCAACGAUUGGUUUUGGCUCUGACCUUCAGCCCUCAAGCUGGCUUCUCUUCCGCAAGCAUUCAGCCGCAGAUGGUGCCGUUGGACAUGGCUCCUGAACAUGAUUCGUGCGACGUGGACGACGUGCACAUGCCAUUGCUACUGGCCUGGAACUUGGUUGCGUGGCACUCGCUCGCAAGCUCUCUUGUCUUAACCAACGGUCCGAACAUGCUUGUGAUUGGUUCGUUGCCCCAAACCUAG